AUGAAGAUUAUUAUAUAUAUUUGUAUUUGGGCAGCGGCAUGGGCCAUUCCGGUUCCUCAAAUCACACCGUCAGAAAGACAUACUGUUGAAAAAUCUGUGAAUGUAUCUUUUCUAGUACACUCAGGGACUCCAGCACAGAAUGAGUUAUAUAUCAAUAACACCACUAAAGACAGCAGUGACCCCCAAAACAGGAGUGAAAUAGGAAGACAAGUGUAUACCAAGGACAGUUUCAAAAGAGAAGGGAAUGGCUCUGAGUCAAUUGGUGUAGGAGGGACAAAUCCUUCUACAAAGCCCUUUUUAGCAAAUGAACAGGGGAACAUUGAUGAUGAAAAUGGGGACUCAGAAACAUAUGGUCAUGAUGAAAUUCAUGCAAAAGUAGAGAACAGCACAGCAAAUGACAUCAGGGGCCAAGUAAGCAUCACUGAAAAUGCAGGAGACGCAAAGGAGAGUAAUGUAAAUGGACAUGCCGAUCAGGACACAAAACCUGGGGAUGCUGGUGAUGUGAGCCAGAGUGCAGAUGGCACGCUUGUCCAGGGAAAUGGACCUCAAGUAGCUGCAAGCAACAAUAGCACAAGUGGAAUACAUGGGGAUGGGGUUGCUACUCAUGAAACGACAUCUCAGAGAGAAGGGGAGGGAAGUGGGAACAAGAGGGUUGAGGUAACACCCAGCACUGAGGAAGAUGCUGGUUUGGAUAAUGCUGACGGGAGUCCCAGUGGCAAUGGGGAAAAUGAGGAUGAGGACCUGGGCUCCGGUAAUGAUGAGGGUCCAGAAGCAGGAGAUGGAAAGGGGGGCCAUGAUGACAGUAAGGGCCAGGAGAACCAGUCUCAUCAGGGGAGAGAUGAUAACAGAGGUCAGAGUUCAAUCAGUAGUGAAGGCGAUGACUCUAAAGAAAAAGAUGGCUCCCCAAAUGGAUGUGAUGGAGACAACACCUCUAGCAGUGAAGAGAACAAUGGUAUUGAAGAAGGCAAUGGUGGCCAAGCAAUACAGGAAAACCAGAAGCUCAGUCACAAAGACAACAGAGAUACAGAAGGUGGAAUCACCUGCCAGUCAAAAGUGUGUCCUCUGGGGAAGAGCCAGGGUCAGGGAAUAGAAACCGAAGGUCCCAGCACAGGCAACAGAAGUAAUAUUGUCAAAGAAUCUGGGAAACUCGGUGAAAAUAGAGAGAACAAUGGACACCAGGGAAUGGAAGUGGACAAAAGACAUAGCCCAAAGCAAGCAGCAGAGUCUGGCAAGCCCCAGGGGCCUGUUGAGACGCCAGAAGCCCACAGCAAAACUGGACACAGCAAGAUAGGUAGUGGUAGCAACAGUAAUGUGCACGACAGUUAUGAUUUCGACGAUGAGUCCAUGCAGGGAGAUGAUCCGAACAGCAGUGACGAGUCUAAUGGAAGUGACGAUGCUAACUCUGAAAGUGAAAAUGAGAGUGGCGGCCAAGGAGAUGCUUCUUACAGCUCUGAUGAAUCAAGCGAUGAUGGCAACGGCAGCGACUCCAAUGGGGGAGAUGAUGACAGGAGUGAUGAUGCAUCGGAUGCCCAUGACAGUGAUAGCAAUGGCGAUGAUAACAGUGAGAGUGAUGACAAGGAUGACUCAGAAAGCAGCGAACAUGACAACACCAGUGACAGCGAGAGCAAAUCAGGCAGCAGUGACAGCAGUGACAGUGGUGACAGCAGUGACAGUGACAGCAGUGACAGCAGUGACAGUGACAGUGACAGUGACAGCAGUGACAGUGACAGCAGUGACAGCAGUGACAGUGAAGGCAGUGACAGUGACAGCAGUGACAGCAGCAGUGACAGCAAGGACAGCAGUGACAGCAGUGACAGUAGUGACAGCAGUGACAGCAGCAGCAACAGCAGUGAUAGUGACAGCAGUGACAGCAGUGACAGUGACAGCAGGGACAGUAGUGACAGCAGUGACAGUGACAGCAGUGACAGUAGUGACAGCAGUGACAGCAGCAGCAACAGCAGUGAUAGUGACAGCAGUGACAGCAGUGACAGUGACAGCAGGGACAGUAGUGACAGCAGUGACAGUGACAGCAGUGACAGUAGUGACAGCAGUGACAGCAGCAGCAACAGCAGUGAUAGUGACAGCAGUGACAGCAGUGACAGUGACAGCAGGGACAGUAGUGACAGCAGUGACAGUGACAGCAGUGACAGUAGUGACAGCAGUGACAGCAGCAGCAACAGCAGUGAUAGUGACAGCAGUGACAGCAGUGACAGUGACAGCAGGGACAGUAGUGACAGCAGUGACAGUGACAGCAAGGACAGCAGUGACAGCAGUGACAGUAGUGACAGCAGUGACAGCAGCAGUGACAGCAGUGACAGCAGCAGUGACAGCAGUGACAGUAGUGAUAGCAGUGACAGCAAUGACAGUGACAGCAGUGACAGUAGUGACAGCAGUGACAGCAGUGACAGUGACAGCAGUGACAGUAGUGACAGCAGUGACAGCAGUGACAGUGACAGCAGUGACAGUAGUGACAGCAGUGACAGCAGUGACAGUGACAGCAGUGACAGCAGUGACAGCAAGGACAGCAGUGACAGCAAAGACAGCACAUCUGAUAGCAGUGAUGAGAGUGAUAGCAAGUCUGGUAACAACAACAAUGCAAGUGACAGUGACAGUGACAGUGAAGGCAGUGACAGUAAUCAUUCAACCAGUGAUGAUUAG